UGUCCAACUUCCACUUGCCUUUAUUUCCCUCUGUAACAUCUCUGAGGGAGCUAUAAGCACGCAGCCUAAACGCCAGAUUUAGUUCCACGCACUCGAACGCUGCUCUGCGCUUUUAUUCUCCCUUUUCACGUCUGACAUUUUUUUAAAGAACAAAUGAUUUUUUUAACAGGCUAAAUAUCGUUUUUAUACUCGGUGUUUUUAAAAUUACAAAAAGGGGAUUAGAGAAGAAAUCCUGCCGCCAUCCGGGAUGCUGCUGAGUGCCAUGAUGAAGUUGGUGUUGCAGGAAUGAUGCCUUCAUGAGGAGCUUCUCUUCCAGCCACUAAACAGAUUCUUCCGACAUUUAUCACCGCAAAACCGUCGUUUAUUUUAUUACCAUACGCGGAAUUGUUUCCUUAUCGUUCUCUGUCUGCGAGCAGCCUGUUUAAAAUCAGUGAAUCGACGCUUAAACGCGCUGCUUUUUCUCCCCAACGCAGCGACGUCUGUCACUUAUUAUGCUUCUGUUCACAAGGCAAACAAAGCGACUCGUCGGUCAGCAGAAGAGGCUGAGAUCAGGCUUCUAAUCAGAAACAGAGAGGCAGGGGAACAACGGGAAACUUCUCAAAGUACGAUUAAAGCUUUAGGUGGUCCUCAGGACUAAUGGCUGCCAUCGAGACCAUUCCAAGUUACAGCCCUUCGAUAUGGGUGCAGAUGUGCCACGCUCUCCCUCGCUUCGAUCUGACCAUGCAGAUGCGAGACAACAUAUUCACGCCUGACAGCUGGGAAUACCAACAGACUCUCCUGGUUCUGUCUAGUGCUUCAGCCAUCGCUCUCAUCCUCUCGCUUCUUGUCGUCCUCUCCUUCCUUAUUCACUACUGCUGUUGUCACCGCGGGGAUGCAGGCAGGGACGAGGAAGAGGAAGAUGACGACGCCAGUGGUGGUCAUGGAUACGGUGGCAGGAAGGGGCGGCGCAUCUGUUGUGUCACAUGGGUGUCUGUGGCAGCUGUGACACUGUGCUGUGUUGCUAUAGGCUUUGGUUUCUACGGUAACAGCGAGGCGAAUGAUGGGAUGUAUCAGUUGACCUCGUCUCUGCUCACUGCCAAUCACACACUGGCUUCCAUCGAUAUGCUGGUUUCAGACACCGUAACAGCUCUGCAGCAGUCCAUCUCAGGGCCCUUGACCUCGCUGGAGAAUGUGUUUGGAGGAAAUAAACCUGCUCUGGUGUCCACUCGGUCCUGCAGACGUCUCUCUGAGCGUGUGAUGUCCCUUCUCUCCUCGCUCACUCUCGGAAAAGGACUGAGCUCGGUCACUAUGAAUGCAAGUGAUGGCAUGGUGGGGGUUGUGACCCCAGUUCUUCCCUCUAUGCCCCAGGCUGUGACCUCGGGCACACACGGCAGCCAUGCGCCCUUCACCCCAGGCUGGGCAGCGAGCACACUCAUGGUGAAUGAGGAUUACAGGUGGCUCUCCUAUGUACUGCUUCUCCUUUUGGAUCUGGUGGUGUGUCUCUUUAUUCUGCUAGGCUUGGCCAAACAGGCCCGGUGGCUCCUCAUCCUGAUGACCAUACUGGCCUGGUUGGCUCUGUUUUUGAGUUGGGGUUCUCUUGGCCUGGAGACAGCCACAGUAGUUGCACUCAGUGAUUUUUGCAUCGACCCAAACACAUUUGUUCUCAACUCCACACAUUUUAAUGCCGGGACAAGUACAGAAAUCCUGGAUUACUACUUGACCUGCAGCAGAAAAAUGACCAGCCCCUUUCAGCAGCUGCUGACCCAGUCUCAGAGAGCUUUGUCUAGCAUUCACUCCCACCUCUCCAGCUUAGAGAGAGAUGCUCUCCCACGCUUCCCCAAAGCAGACACGCCUCUGAGGGAGGUGCAGCAGAUGCUCAACUCUACUGAGGGAAAUUUCCACCAGCUGGUGGCGCUGCUCAACUGCCGAAGCCUCAACAAGGACUACAUUGAUUCUCUGAAAGGUCUGUGCUAUGAUGGGAUGGAGGGGUUGCUUUAUCUUUCACUGUACUCAUUCCUCUCUGCUCUGGCUUUCACUGCCAUCCUUUGCUCCCUUCCUGGAGCCUGGAGGAGCUUUUCCAGAGACUCAGAGGAGUACGACGACUCGGACAGCGAGAGCGAGGACCCCUUCACUUCCCAUCAGGCACGUAGACAGACGGCCAGGGGGUCCCAGCGCGGGGCCUUGCCCCCCUUCUAUAGUUACCAGGGGGCUGGCUGGACAUCCCCCUUUUCUAGCGCACCUCCGUUGCCGACUCCAAACACUUCCUCCAAUGGCAACCCUGGUUAUGAGAGCCUGCCUCUGAGUGACAGGCAGUCCCCACCCCCCUCUUACUCUCCCAGCAUGCUGACAGGCUAUACGGGUAGUCAAUCACACCCCAACCCUUCACAUUCAAGGAACCUGUACUCACGCUAAUUUGUAUGUAUAGUAUUAAAAGAAAUAAUAAUUAUAUAUAUAUAUAUAUAUAUAUAUAUAUAUAUAUAUAUAUAUAUAUAUAUAUAUAUAUAUAUAUAUAUAUAUAUAUAUCAAAUGUUUAGUUUUAAUAUGGAUGGACAUUUUACUGAGAGAGUAAUUUAAGAGAUAUUGGAAUGCUAGAUGUGGAAAAAAUAAAAACCUGCAGGAUGUCAGGACCAGUGCGAUUUUAAGAGGAAAGAACAAAACGAGUGUUUAGAUACGAGUCUGAGUUGUGUAAGAUCCGAUUUCCCCUUCAAACUGUUCACUGUCUUGGUGAGCGGAGACAGGAAAGUGAAUGGUACUGACGUUACCAGAUCGAUGUUACUUUAUUACUCUAUUUUUAAAUGUAAUACUACUUUGUUUCGGAGGUUUUUAUAUUGUAUGCUAAGUCACAAACACAUGAGAAUAAUGGCACAAUUUUUCUGUAUGAUUGCAUAAUGGGCGCUGGAUUAUUACUAUAGUUUUUUUGUUUUUUAAGAUUUGACUUUAUACAUAUAUAGAUGGCAACUGUGUAUUAUCUAUCUUGUAUACCCUCUGAUGCUAUAUAAAAUACCAUAUUACUAUAUGAUAAAAAUAUACUGUAUAUUCACUGUACAUUCUGUAUGUGUGAAGGAUAAUGCACUUUGAUGCUCAGAAGUAAGGACAAUAUGAAAAUAACAAUUAGAAUUGAGAGAGCUAUGGUGGCACCAACCUCUCAAGCUUGGUUACGUAUGGAAAUAAAUUUCCCGACAGCAUUGCAGCGAAACAACGUCUCCCAUUGUUGGAAUGCAGUGCAGUAGCCAUAAUGUACACAGCAAUAAUACUGUUUUCUUAAUGAUGAAGCACACGUCUGCAAAUUAGGGUCAAUGUUCUAAUAAUAACAUAGUAAUAACUUUAUAGAGGUUCAGCAGAAUCUAUAUGCUCUGUGUGAUGCUAUAUAUGAUUUGGAAAAAAGAUCACUUCUUAGGAACAUCAUUCGGUUUCCUAUUAACCUAAUAAAAAUAUAAUAUAUAAAUAAAUAAGUUAUUAAUAACAGUUGUUUUCAGUUUUAAAUAGAUUGUCCAUCUAAUAUUGGUAGAAAACAAUUUAUUUGGCAUAUAGCCAUGAUAAAGUGAAUAUUUCUGCAAAAUUGUACAGAUGUGCCUAUUCUUAGUUUUACUUUCUACAACUAAUUAUAUUUUUUGAAGUAACACUAUGCAGAUUGUUCAUUGAAAAAAAUUAAAAAAUCUGCAUUUUUUUUUUGGCCUGAUAAUGUCAGUCCCAACCAGACAAAUUAACUUUUUUUUACAUUUUUUUUUUUACAACAUUAGAGGUUCUAGUGAAACGUUUUGUUCACAGAGAUUAGUGUUAAAUGUGACUAGAUGAAGUGUAUCCACCCUAAUUUGCAGGAUUGUUCUCUAACUUGAAACAAGUAAGAAACAAACACUGUGUGUUAUGUUUGUGUAUUUUGGGUGAUUCAGGGUCCUCUUGAGAUGUUCUGUGUGUAUGUAUACACAUAUAAAUAUACUCAAUCUGCCAUUGCAUUAAUCCUGCCCUUUCCUAUCUGACUCUUAUUAAUCCAAUAGCCCUGUGUUUCUAUGGUUUUAAUGCUCCUUUGAAUGGACUACUUUUUCACUACUGAGACUAAAUACGAAUAAAAAAAUAAAACUAACAAAUAUGGAAUAA